AUGCAUUUCUCCUCCGCAGCGGCAUUGCUUGCUUUCUCCUCCAUCAGCGUCACUUUUGCCGCUCCGCUAGCCAACUCACAGAAUGAUCUGAACCGCCGACAAGUCAACUACCAGAUUGUUAAUGUCGAUGGUGAUUCGGACAGCUCCGCCAUUCCUGAGGUUGAGACUGUUACCGAGACUGCUAAGUCCACUGUGACUGCUCCAGGCUCUCCGGCCGUGGCUCAGACUGUGACUGUGACUGCUACCCCGUCUUACACACCUUCCUACACGCCAUCUGCUUCUCCAUUCCCCUCCAGCUCAACUCCUGUCUGGCACCAGGCUCCUCCAUCAGGAAAUUCAUUCAUGCCUGAAGAGCAUGGAUUCAAUGGAGGUUUCUUUCGCCGAGGCUUGAACGCACUCGGCAAUCCAGGUCACUUUGCACAAAACUAUGUCUCCUCUUCCAGUACUUCUUGGCCUACUGUGCCAACUUCUCUUGCUGUCCGUGGUGCUGAAGGCUGGUACCUAUCUUCAUCUUGGACUCCUUCAAGCUCACCUGUUCCCACUGCUACUCCUCUGGUUGCCCGGGAAUUUGGCCGUUGGGGCCCUAGCAGCUUGGUGCCCUCUUCGUCCAGCUCUUUCUCUGUUCCGACUCCCUCUUCUCCUGUGAUCGCUCGCCAGUUCCAAGAGGGCCCUAGUCUUGCGCCCUCCUCUUCUGCAUUUGCUUCAUCCGCUGUUCCCUCUCCCUCGCUGGCCGCUCGUCAAUUCGAUGCUUGGGGUUCUAGCUCUUCCUCUGCUCCUUCCGGUACUCCAUAUGCGAUCCCCUCCACCCACGUGUGGGCUCGGGGCUAUGAUUCCGCUCCGAAUGCUUUCCCAUCUGGUACUCCUUCCUCCAGUGCCAGCAUCUCUCCUUCGGCUACUCCUUCCUCUGUGAAGGGCGGCGAGAACCUCUUCGCCCCCAGCGUUGAAUUCUCCGCCCCUCGUUUCUCGUCAUUGCUCUACUAA